AUGUUAGGGUUUUUGUCAGCGAGACAGACCGGUUUGGAAGACCCUCUUCGCCUCCGGAGAGCGGAGUCCACACGGAGGGUUUUGGGACUGGAGUUAAACAAAGACAGAGAUAUUGAAAGGAUCCAUGGCAGUGGAGUUAAUACCCUUGACAUUGAACCUGUUGAAGCAAGAUACAUGUUAUCAGGUGGUUCAGAUGGUGUGAUUGUACUUUAUGACCUUGAGAACUCCAGCAGACAACCUUAUUACACAUGUAAAGCAGUGUGUUCCGUUGGCAGAAACCAUCCUGAUGUUCACAAAUACAGUGUGGAGACUGUACAGUGGUAUCCUCAUGACACUGGCAUGUUCACAUCAAGCUCAUUUGAUAAAACUCUGAAAGUGUGGGAUACAAAUACCUUACAAACUGCAGAUAUAUUUAAUUUUGAAGAAACAGUUUAUAGUCAUCAUAUGUCUCCAGUUGCCACCAAGCACUGUUUGGUAGCAGUUGGUACUAGAGGGCCCAAAGUACAACUUUGUGACUUAAAGUCUGGAUCCUGUUCCCACAUUUUACAGGGUCACAGACAAGAAAUAUUGGCAGUUUCUUGGUCGCCACGUUGUGAAUAUAUCUUGGCAACUGCAAGUGCUGACAGCAGAGUAAAAUUAUGGGAUGUCAGGAGAGCAUCAGGAUGUUUAUUUACUCUUGAUCAGCAUAAUGGAAAAAAGUCACAAGCUGUUGAAUCAGCAAACACUGCUCAUAAUGGGAAAGUUAAUGGCUUAUGUUUUACAAGUGAUGGGCUUCACCUCCUUACUGUUGGUACGGAUAAUCGAAUGAGACUCUGGAAUAGUUCCAAUGGAGAAAACACACUAGUAAACUAUGGAAAAGUUUGUAAUGACAGUAGAAAAGCAUUGAAAUUCACUGUCUCCGAUGGCUGCAGUUCAGAAUUUGUUUUCGUGCCAUAUGGUAGCACCAUUGCUGUUUAUACAAUUUACUCAGGAGAACAGAUAACUAUGCUUAAGGGACAUUAUAAAAGUGUUGACUGCUGUGUAUUUCAGUCUCAUUUCCAGGAACUUUAUAGUGGUAGCAGAGACUGCAAUAUACUUGCUUGGGUUCCAUCCUUAUAUGAACCAGUUCCUGAUAAUGAUGAGCCUACAACCAAAUCACAGUUAAAUCCAGCAUUUGAAGAUGCAUGGAGCAGCAGUGAUGAGGAAGGAUGA